AAUGCAUGAUAUUCCUGAUUUAAUCAGUUAAUCAUCGUACUGACAUUUAAGUGAGGGAAAGGAACUGAAAAUUCUCAUCACUAAACGAUAAUAAACUAUUAACUGGAAGAUAAAGAGAAGAAAAUUCUUUUCUCUUUGAUGAGACUGCUAAAAUAUAAGUUCUAAAAUAGAUUUCCUCAAAUACACCAAUGUAAUGAUCAACAGGUAUCAAGAACAGUUACACUUAACUUUAGUGCUUAACAUACUCUUGACACUUAAUAAAAAAUUUUCAAUUUAAUAUUAAACUUUGUUUUUACAAAUAUCGUUUCUGUUUAAAAUAAAUAAUUACUUAUAAUCCUUAAACAAGAUAGUUUAACAGGUUCGAUCGAUUUUCUUAGUUCUUCGCUACAACGGCAGAGCGCAGCACUAGUCGACCUUAUCUCCGUGCGUUCUCGAUCUCUUGUGAAGCGAUUGCAACGUUGCAUCUAAUGAUUGGUAGACUGUGGCUGACGGCGUUGGGAACAUUGUGUCAGUAAUUAUGAGAUGCAUCCACAGUUUUCCAAAUUAAAAUAAACAAGUUUUCGAAUGUUAUUUGUACAUUCGCUCUGAUCGACUUUUUAACAACAAUCUCGCUAUCAUGCAGGUAUACAUCAUGUUGUUAUUUGGAAAACAAUUGAUGAUGGAAAGACAUUGGUCACGUUUGUCGUGCGAGCCGUUCGAGCCAAUGGCCGAGCAUGUGGGCUCGCACGAUCUGACAACAGCGCAAGCGUAGACAACAUCGCCUCGGAGCGCAGAUAGACGGGAACACGCCUUCAGUUGCUUGUGUACCGUGCGAGAGUGUUGCAGUGCUGCAGCGACUAGAAGAGAUUACUCAGAUUUUCGAACAAAGAAUAGAUUCGCGUUCAACGUCUUCAAAACGUAACUCUACGGUCGCACAACUGAGAUCCUGGGAUAGGAAGGUGCGGAGCGAUCAGCGAGUCAGCGAGAGAGGACGUCUACUCGAAAAGAAGAGGUGAAAAAUUAGGAAAAAAAAGAAAAAAAACAGGAACGAACAGGUAUAUAUUCUAAUUAAACACGAAGAUUCUUUCAGGAAUAUUAAGGUGGCAAUUCCGUAAAACGUCGUAUAAAAAGAAAAAAAAGUAAUAAUCGUGACAAAAAAACUGCGUUCCAAUUCACGCUACGCUCGUUCGAAUAAAGGAAACAAAAAGAGUGCGUUUCGUCAGAAAAAUACGGCGCGCAUAACAGGUAGUUGUAGGAAAAAGUAGUACCUGAUACCUGCUCCUGUUUAUUGUUCGUUGUCAGCAUCAAGGAUCCCUUGCAGGUUCCUCUGCCGUGGCUAGUUUACCGGAGUUAGUUGAUUUUCAGAGUCGUCGACCGUCGAUGUUCUUUUUAUUCGAUAUUAUUGACAAUCGCAAUAUCAUCGGGCGAUUUGAGUGGAUUGUAUAUAAAUUAGGACUGUGGAAGAAUAUGUGAUACAAAUUAUAGUGCCAUAGAUUAAAUCCGUGAAUUGUAUAUCGUAAAGAUGGAUGUGUCACAUCAAGACAUUCUCAGUCGCUUGAGAAUGAACAUAGUUCAGGAUUUGAAUAUAGAAAAUGGUAUCCUACAGCAAUUGCAGUCCGAAUACAUCUUAAAAGAUGAUGAUAUUAAAUACAUUUAUAUUGGAGCUACUAAAGAAGAGAGAGCGGAAAGAUUAUUAGAUUUAUUGCCAAAAUGCGGUGCAUGCGCUUUUGAUGUCUUUCAUGAAUCGUUAAAACAUCACUAUGACUGGCUUAGUGAUGAAAUAGAUAAAUUAUUGGGCAAUUAUGAGAUAGAGACAAAUGGAGAAAUAGAUUAUUAUGCUGGACCUCCCAAUGUACCACCCCUUUCUCCAUUAACGGUUACCAGGAAAGAGAAGGUGGAACAGCUGAAAAUGGCUUUACGAGAAUUAAAUCCUACGGAAUACAUCGUCUUGCAUGGGAUGAAAGGAUUUGGAAAAUCAUGCUUAGCUGCGAGCACCCUCAAGGACAUCAAAUUAGUGAAAAAUCUAUUCUGCAACAAAGUCUAUUGGAUUAAAUUUACUUGCAAUCGUCUAAUUGACGAGGAGAUAUUGAUUCAGUUAAACACACUUUAUCAUAAUGUGAGGAACUUGGAGAUCCAACCAGAGUCAUUUAAAAUACUGGAAAAGGAUGCUUUGAUCCGGUUUUUCAAACAUUACUUCAAUAAGGAAGAAAAUCGCAAUGCUCUAUUGAUUUUAGAUGAUGUUUCUGACAAAAAGAUUAUUGAGACUUUUGAUUUUGAUUGCAAGACUCUAGUUCUUACUGCUGAUAUCGAUAUUUUACGUCGAAAGAGACCUAAGAUAACAAUACAGAUGAACGAUGGAUUUACAGAAUCAGAGACACUAGGUUUAUUUGCCAAAGUGUUGGAAAUGGACGUGAACAAGUUACCUAUAGAAGCAAAGAGAAUUCACGAAGAAUGUAAGGGCAUGCCAUUACUUAUAGCGAUGUUUGCUGCUCAAUUUGAAGAAUUUAAACACGACAUGAAAAUACAACCCAAUAGAUGGAAGUAUUAUCUGGAUUGCUUGAGGAAAAAGGAUGCGACAAACAAAGUAAUGAGAGAGUUCUUCCAAAAACAAGAAACUAUUUUUGAUAUGUCUAUUGAACAACUAAAACCAGAUUUGAGAGAACAUUACACAACUAUAGCUGUUUUUAGUGAAGAUGUUAACAUAACUCCAAAGACUCUGGAAAUCCUCUGGGGACAAAAUAUAUUUCAUGUCGAAGAGUUGAUGCUGGAUUUGUGCCAUAAAUCACUCGCAGCAAAGAAAUGGAACAAAGACUUAAAGACUUAUGUUUACGGUGUACAUGAUUUAUUGCUAUGCCAUUUGCGGAAAAAGCUAACGAACGAUGAACUGACGCAGUUGCACAAGUCUGUCAUUGAAAAAUAUCGCGCGCACUGCGCCAACGAUUUCUCAAAGUUACCGGAUGAUAAUUACAUUUAUUCAUACAUUGGUCAUCACUUGGAGCAAGCCGAAUUAUUCUCCAAAUUUCGGUCACUUUACUUAAACUUUGACUUCAUUCAAGCUAAAAUAAUGUAUGCUGGUUUAAAUGAUUUAUUGCUGGAUCUAAGAAAAUACAGACAACACAUUACGUUGUGCAACAAAGAAUACGAAGCAAAAGUGUUCGAUCUGGAAAGGUUCCUUCAAGAGCAAGCAAGCGUGAUCGGACAACACAGACGUAAAAAAUGCUUAGACAUAAUACAAAUAGCUAUGAAACAUCCGUAUGACGAUUACGUCGCGCAGACUGCCAAGCACCUGGCUAUGAAGAGACAACAAUAUGUGUACUUGUACCAUGACAACGUCGAGCACGUCAAUAUGCCAUUAACCGAGGAAAUAUCGACUGGUAUCUACACGUCGUCUUUUACGGACAAUCCUGAUUUAAUUUUGAGCGGAAAUACAUCGGGCAAAAUAAUCCUGUGGAAUUGCGAAAGUAAGCAGCAGAAGGUCUUCAAUGGCCACAGCGACGAUUGCUUUAUCAAAAAGAUUAUCGUGUCCGCGAAUGGUGAUUGUUUCUUGUCACUGAGCAGCAACGGUGUAAUAAAGCUGUUCCCUCUGUCCGAUAAUGAAAUGUUUGAUCAAAAACACAUGCAAGUGGAAAGUCCACGGCAGAAACAGAGCUGCUGGUCUGGCUUUUUUGCAAACUUUAACGAACAAGAUGACAGCUUGAUGGAGUUUUCGGUGAGGAAUGAAAUUAUAUUGGAUAUGGUCUUCGGACACAGGGAUAAAUGUAUCGCCGCUUGUACCGACAAAGGAACGAUUCAGAUAUGGGACCGAUAUGGAGAAAGUAUCUUUACCCUGAGCGAUAUCGAAAAGAAAUCCUUAACGAGAAUAACAUUUACGGUACAAGGCUUGCUGCUGAACGUAAUGGAGGAAUCGGGUGUUGUUUUCUGGUACGCGUACAGCGAAAACGACUAUAAUACUACUUACCGAUAUAUCUCCUGCUACAAUCUGCAAUUAAAGAACGAAAAGGUAAUCUUCCUUCAUAACGUACCCGAGUAUGAUGACUCGUUGGUAAUUGUCACCGAGAAAGAAGCUAUGUUAUUGACAUGGACGCGAAACAUGUCUGACGAGAAUCAAGUGUACAAGUUCAACAAAGUAGUAAGGACUUCCGUUGAGGAUGAUUCGGUAACUUACGUCUGCGCGACCAGGACUCACGAUAGUGCGUACCUAAUCGUGGCUGAUUCCGCCGGUUUCAUAAACGUGUGGAACAUUUUCAAUGGAUUGAUACCGGUCGCGACUUACAGAAGUCACGUCACGUCCUUGGAUACUUACUGGUUAAAGGAAGAAGGCUAUCACAUCAUAUGUGGAAACGACAAUAAAUUACUGUACAGGUGGAAACUCCCAAUAGUAGAAUCGGAUAAAUCGCCAAGGAAUUACUUGUUUGAUGCUAUUGCUAAACCUCUUGACGAAGUGGACAUUGUGGUCAAAGAGAGCCAUCCAAGAAAUAUUGUAGCUCUGUAUGGGGAGAAAGUAAAAGAAUUUGAAUAUCGAGAAAACAACAUUUUAAGCUUACAUCUUUCUCCUGAUGGAAGGGAAAUAGUGUACGUUACGGAAAAUCAUGCCAUAAUGUUGCUUAACAUAGAAACCGAUGAAACCAAGCUUGUCUCGCAAGUGGAUAAGCCAGUUAAAUUUGUGAAGAUUAUAAAUAUCGACAAUACAAAUUUAGUAGUGUUUGGAUGGCUGGACGAUUACUUCAACGUGUGGCAACAUUCUAACCCGAUGUGCAAAAUCGAAAGUAAAGGAUGUAUCGCUCAUAUUCAUGCAUUGAGCAACUAUCAUGUAAUGACAAUAACGCAGAAUGGUAUAAUGACGCUUUGGCGUACUAUCAUGCCCUGGCGAUUAAUGAGCCAAGAAACCGGCGCUAGCUUACCAAACACGCAUAUUUCGUUUACCUGUUUAAGUCACCAUAACAAAUAUUUAGCAAUUAUAAAAGAACCGAAUCACUUAAUCGUGUACACUCUCUACGAGGAUGCAGAGGUGAUGCCGAGUAUGAAACUACGACAUUAUUACAACCACGGUUUCUCACAUAGAGUUACUUGUUGCGAUAUCUCGCAAAAUGAGCAAUACAUCGCCGUCGGUCUUCAGACAGGAUUAAUUUGUAUUAUCGAUAUCAAAAGUAAGACAGAAAUUACUAAACUGUCUUUCCAUAAUAAUUCCAUCGCCCAAUUGUCCUGGGCGCCUGUUACCAUAGAUGUUCCGAUCUUGUUCUCCCUGACGAACGACGAAAUGGUUUGGUGGAACAUUGCUUUAGUGAAGAACAACGCGAAGAGGAGGAGCCGAAUGGGCAUCAGUCACAGUACAAGCACUCCUUCACUCAGCACGAGUAUGCCAUCGAAUUUCCGAAUACACAUACCCAACAGCCAAAGCGUGGACACGGGUGUGGCCAAUUUACAAGACGGUGAGAAAUCAACUGCGGACGUUACAAAUGUUGUUAGUGACGUAAGUAGAUAUUGGAGGGGCAAGAUAGGCAAGAAUCCCGAGAUACCGGAGUUAUUGACCGUUGUCGAAUUGCCGCCGAGUCGAAACGUGAAGGUGUGCAUUUCGCCAGAUUUUGAUAAAUACGUCACGGUUGAUACUUAUGGGUCUAUUUAUACAUUUAAGCUGAUUGAUUAGUAAUUGUUUUGAUAUAAUAGAAAAAUGCAGUCUGUUUCUCUUUGAAAUAGAUUGAUCACAAAGUUAGUGCAAAAUACGAUAUUGUAAACGUGCAGUUACGUGUGAUAAAAGGAUUCCUAUAAUAAUAUAGGAAGAUGUAAACGCACGGAUACGAUGGCGCUAUAUUCUGCGAUAUGAUCCAAUGAUUAUAUUGUUAUAGAAAAUUGGAAGAAAAAAAA